AUGAAGCUCUCCAUUGCUGUUACCGCUACCAUCGCUGCCUUGGCUUCGGCCCUUCCUAGCCAGUCUGAGGCCCACGCCAGUACCGUGCAAGGGUUCGACAUCUCGAACCAUCAGAAGACGGUGGACUUCGAGGCGGCCAAGAAGGAUGGAGCCCAAUUUGUGAUGAUCAAGGCUACCGAAGGCACUACCUACAAGGACACGACCUUCAAUUCGCACUACACCGGCGCCACCAAAGCCGGCCUGAUCCGCGGAGGCUACCACUUUGCCCGCCCGGACAAGUCCUCCGGCAGCACGCAGGCAACGUAUUUCGUGAAGAACGGCGGUGGCUGGAGCGACGACAAGAUGACUCUGCCGGGCAUGCUGGACAUCGAGUACAACCCGUACGGUGCCACCUGCUACGGGCUCAGCCACUCGGCGAUGGUGUCCUGGAUCAAGGAGUUUGUCGACGAGUAUCACUCCGCCACGAAGCGGUAUCCCAUGAUCUACACCACGGCCGACUGGUGGAACCGCUGCACCGGAAACGCCAAGGGCUUUGGCGAUAAGUGUCCGCUGGUGCUCGCGGCGUAUAGCAGCACCGCGCCCAAGACGAUCCCCGGCGACUGGAAGACGUGGACCAUCUGGCAGGAUUCGGACAAGUAUAAGCAUGGAGGAGAUUCGGAUAAGUUCAAUGGACCUAUGACGCAGUUGAAGAAGCUGGCUAGUGGCUAG